UGUAGCACCACAUUCGACGACUGUCGAGCUGGAUCCAAGGCCGUCUUUCGCUAGCGCUUAGUGAAGACAUGCGGUCCUUACACAUAUCCAAUUGAACGACUGAUGCUCACGGCGCAUUCUGCGCCAGGCACGCGACACCAUGACGCCGCCCAUCCCAGUACCCUCGAAAGCGGCCAUUCGUGCUCUUCGAGGUCUCGCUUUGGGGACCUCCUGUGCCAUCGGGGCUAUCGUCGAAGACCGCAGGCGCCGCAUCAGUACGCUGCAGACCGCAGUUUCCAACAAGGAGAAGCUCCAGUCGGCCAGACGAUACCGAUCGAAUCCAGACGAGGCUGCUUCGUGGCUCCCGUUCGAUGAGGACGCCGUAGCAAUGCGAUUCGGUCCACACCCUCAUGAUCAGCCACUUUCACUCGACGACCUGGAGCUGCCGGCCCGAAGAAGAGUCGAUCACUCGAAGAAAAGCAAGUCAGAGAAGCUGCCUGCUUUGAACGAGGAGCAUACGAAGAGUCAAUCUGGGGCUAGCCAGGGACAACAGGACAUCGCACCCUCAGCUUCACAACGAAAAUCGUCUACCCGGCGAAAGCCUGUCCGGGUCGCCAUCCCGCCGCAGGAACUCUUAUUGCCCCCGGGCACUGUACCGAGCUUGCCUUGGGGUCUGUCCUCAAGAACCACACCAGGCCACGCUGGCGAGGGCAAGGUCGCGUCCUUGAUCGAGGCCAUCCAAGCAGAGCUCAACAACGAGCACGACAAAGCCAGCAUUGACCGUGCGGUAGCCGAAUUCCUUCGCGGGUGCCAGCUCACCAACGCGUACGAAUCAAACGGACCGGCGUGGAAGUUUCUGUCAGCGAGGCUCGCUAAAGAGUGCCAAAAGCGAGGCAAAUGGGAGCAUGCCCUAGCAAUCAUCAACGUUGCCUUGAGGCCAGACGCAAUCUCCCGCGACAAUUUUCGCACUGCCGUUCGGCUUUUCAACACCGUGUUUCCCGAAAGCCCUCACAUGCACAGCCAAGAAGUCCAUGAUCUUGGCGAGGAACUUAUAACACUCGCUAGCCGCAUGAGGGACGUCAGGAGCAUGGAGUCUGUCUAUUGGCGCGUAUUGUCCCAGUCUAACGACGGCGAUUUUGUCGGGUGGUUCAUCAAGUCGCUUUUCGACCUUGGCGACCACAAGCGAGUGAUCAAAUAUUUCCUGCUCAACUACGCCAAGAUGACACCGAGCUUCCAAGGCUUCCAGGAUACAGUCGACUGCGUCGUGCAAGCUGUGGAGAAAACAAGUGCUUGUAAAGUCGGCCAAGUGCUACAGGCCCUUGCGCGUAUGCAGGAUGCAGCCGACGGCAAGUUGAGGUCAAGAUGGAUCAUGCGUCUCCUCCACGCCCAUUGGAAACGACACGAGGACUUUACGCUCUCCCAAGCUUUGUUUGAGGAUGUCAGAACGCAAGGGCUCCUCGACCGCACCGCGCACCCUCAAGGCUCAUAUCGAGCCAUCAUUGAAUUUGCUUUGCGAGCUGACGAAGAAGCGCAAGCUCAACAAUACCUCGAAGAAGUCACACGGCUUUUCCCCGCGAUGUGCAUGGAUAUCCCGAUUCAAGGAUACUUUGCACUUCGGAAGGCCCGGGCCGGUGAUUGGGCAGCCACAGAGGAAAUGUUCGCGGCGAUGCGACGAUCAUCAGCCUACAAAAUGCAACAGGCUGAGUACUCGAUGGCUUUUGUGCCUGUGCUCAAGGAAUUCUCCAGAAAGAAUUGCGUUGGUGAUGUUCGCUUAUUCCUUGACAAGUAUACGUCACAUCUUGCCGUUAAGCUCAACCCCUGGAUGAUGACGGUUGUUGCCAACAAAUAUGGCGAGGUGGAGGACAGGGAUGGGUUUUUCGAAUGGUUCGAAUAUUGUUUCGAUUCGGGCGUAACACUAGACGCCAGCUUCUGCAACGUCAUUCUUGAUAACAGUCGGACGAGGUGGCGCUUGUCCUAUUGGCAGCUGCAGAAGCUGUCCAACAGAAUGAGGGCCCUUCACCCGGAUUCAUACAAUGCAGUCACGCGCCGUAUCCUCCGCGCCGCUGCCACGUCUUCCACCACAGGAACACCGCGUCCAAUACGACAUAAGGAGCUUGCGGUCGAUAAACGCACCCUAGCGGGACGGCCUAUGGAUGCCCGGGAAGCGCAUGAUGCCAUGAGUCACCACCUUGCUAAUGGGAAACCCGCUGCUGCUCUCUUUCUUUACCAACGGGCAAGCAGUUAUGGCAUGCCGCACAGCGAACGAUGUUUGCGCUUGGCCGUAAUUGCGAGCUUCCAUAAAGCUGGAGGUCACAAGGUUGCCCUGGACCUUAUCCAGAAAGCACAUGAGAGUGGACGCCCCGUUACGUCCGCGGCAACCGCUUAUCUCAAGUAUGAACUCGACAGAGUACGAGGAUCACCUGAGAAGGUCUUCCGGCAUAUGCAAAGGACCGUACACAAGUUUGAGGCUCUGCAGAUUGAUGUGGAACCAAAGGCUUACGCAAACUCUGCAAUCACAUGCAUCAAGCUGGGACAGCAUGAUCGAGCAUUGCUGCUGUGUAAGCUUGCGAUGGAAAAGGCUGGCACCACCAAUCCCUGCUUCUCGAGACAGACGUUCCGAGCACUGCUGAUGCUGCACACGCAAACCUUGAAUGUGGACGGACUUAAAGAACUCAUCAGCGCAAUACCACAAAGCAAGAUGGCCGAUGAAAGGAACACCAUGGACCAGCUCAAGUCCGUACGGCGUCAUGUUCAAAACAUGACUGGCAAUGAUGAACGGAGGACAGAAAUUCGAGCGAUCCUCCAGAGCGGCAUCGACUCCACCAAGGCCCAGCGGGCAAAUAUUGCAGACCACAGCGCGGCUGUUUCGGCAGAGGCGUUGCGAAUCAUGAACGAUGCCGUGGUCCAGUUCGAGAAGUUCAAGCAGAUGGAAGAGAAGGCACGCACAGCAGCCAUCGAAUUGGAGCGCGAAGACGACGAGCGCCCAGACAGCGCCUUUUAUAUGAUGCGGUACCGCAUAGAUGGCGACACAAAACGACUUGGGUACCGCAUUUCAGGCCGGCAGGCCCCCCAAUGGCCUAGCCCGCGUGACGAGGGGAUCCCAGUCAUGCUGCACCACGAUGAGGAUGUGCAUCGUCACACCAGGGAGCUCGGUGCUGCUUCCGCCGCUGCCGCCGCCAAUUAAGCUGGCAGCGCGUUGUCGAGAGAGCUGAGUGAGGGAGGCCCUUCCACCAUCUGGGCUAUCCAUGUAUAUUUCUUGUACAAUUUAUCCACAUCCGUCAGGGUGAUGGUCUCUGGCCUUCAGCGAGCGCCAGGCCAGUCCUGCAUUCCGCAUUGGCGGAAGUGAGAAGGAGAGGACACAUCUAAAUAUAACUAAGCUUAGAGCCCGUGAAAACGCUUAGGCCGGCCAUAAAUACUAAAACAUACAUCACUCGCCAUCUUGCCCUUGGACGCCACCACUCUCCAGUGUGUGUGUGUGUGUGUGUGUGUGUGUGUGUGUGUGUGUGUGUG